AGUGCACACCCCCAGCCAGUCUCAGUCUCCCGUAAGUUUCAAAACAAAAUGGCCGAUCGAGACCGAGGUUAUAUUUUGUACUUUUGAGGUUCCAGUCUGUGCAUCGAUGUCAGGAUUUUUGUAUGAUCACGAUAGACCUUCACCCAUAAUCAUGACAAUUCCUUUCUAUGAUGGAAGAUUAGACUAAGAUCAAUUUCAAGGAUGUCUGAACGUUCUAGAAGUGGUUCAUCAAGUGGCCGGUCUAGAGUCGAUAGGUCGUCAUCACAGCGGAACAGCAAUACAUCCAUUUCUCAAUCUAAGAAAAAUCAAUUUGACCCAGGAGGCUUGAAAAGUGAUGGUGGCAUGGAUCAAGAAAAGACCAAUUUACCUCCUGACAAACAACAUGAAGAAAAGAUACUGCCAGAAAAAACUAAAGAUGACUCGCAUAGAAAGAACACUCAACCUGUAAGGUUGCUCUUGGUGUCAAAUAAGAUCAAGAACCAUGGUCCAGUAGUCAGUGCUGUCCUUCCACAUGUAAAAUUAGUGCAAUAUAAAUAUGAGACUGUUAAACUGGAAACAAUCAAGACAGAUAUUUCCCAGGCCCUGGAUGGAAAAAAGGCUGCAAGUAUUGCAUGUGUGCUACAUACAAAGCCAGGAACAAUCCUUUUAUGCUCUAGUGGAGAAUGCAGGGAGGUACUAACAUCUGGUAAUGGAUCAGACAACUGUAGUAAUGUCAAGGAAUUCUUCAGGUAUCUCACCUCCAAUCAUCUGGACAAAAAUUUGACUGGGGCCAGGAUAGAUUUCCUUGCUUGUAGUGCUCUCAGACCUCCAGAGAUAGGAAAACUUGUACCUUUGUUUGAGAGUGUUACUCAGGUACCAGUAGGUAUUUCCAAAGAAAUCCUUGGAACAGAUAUUCAGAUGAAGGGUAAUCCAAGCUUAUUCAAUUGUGUUGGAGAGAUGUAUUUUGAAGUUGAGAAAUUGAAGAAUUGGAGCCCUCAGCCUCAGAAGCUGGCUGGAUUUGAAAGAAUUAGAACUGUUGGCAAAGGUGCAUAUGGUGCUGCUGUACUGUACAGGAAGAAGGAUGAUGACUCUCUUGUUAUCCUCAAAGAAAUUAACAUGCAUGAACUAAAUGCGAAUGAAAGACAAAUGGCCCUUAAUGAGAUCCGAGUAUUGAGCAUGCUUGAUCAUCCUAAUAUCAUCAGUUACUAUGACAGCUUUGAAGAAGAAGGUACCCUUAUGAUUGAGAUGGAGUAUGCAGAUGGAGGGACUUUGGCCCAGUAUUUGGCUAGUAACCAGGGUAAAAGUGAGAUGGAGGAAAGAGAGAUUCUUAUUAUGUUUCAACAGAUGGUAUCAGGUAUCAGACAUGUUCAUGAUCACAAGAUUUUACACAGAGAUCUUAAAACAGCCAACAUCUUUCUCACAAAGGAGGGUGUUAUCAAGAUUGGUGACUUUGGUAUUUCUAAGGUCUUGACAUCUAAUAAUCCUGGAGCAAAUACUGUGCUUGGAACACCAUACUACAUCUCACCAGAAAUAUGUGAAGGGAAACCAUACAAUGAUAAAUCUGAUAUAUGGGCACUGGGUUGUAUCUUAUAUGAGAUGGCUUGCAGACAGAAGACAUUUGAAGGAACCAAUUUACCUGCUCUGGUUAAUAAGAUCAUGAAGGGCCAAUUUACUCCUGUAAAGGGAAACUUUAGUCAAGAGUUCAAGUCUUUAGUACAAGAUAUGCUUCAGAGAGAACCAGAGUACAGACCCUCCGCUAAUGCUCUUCAUUUCAACCAUAUCCCAAUGCUGAUGGAAAAAUUCAUUGAUCCCACAACAGAUGUUGAUGAUGAGUUGGCCACAUCAACAGAUAGUUCUCAUAGGAAAAGAACUAGGUCUGUGCUAUAUCAGAUUGAUACAUCCCUGCCAGGAAUUCCGCCCAUUCCUUUCAAAAUUGAAUUGCCUUCUAUACUAAAGAUAAGACAGGUUGCAGUAAGUAGCACUCACAUUACCCUUGUGACCUAUGAGAGAGUUGUGUAUAGUUGGGGUGAAGGGAGUAAAGGUCAGUUAGGUCAUGGUGACCUUGACCCAAGGAAGGUACCAACCUCUGUUGAAGCUCUCAAAGGAAAGUCAAUCACUAGAGUUGCUUGUGGAGCAGGAUUCAGUGUCUUUGGUAGUGAUAAUGGUAUAGUAAUGACAUGUGGGGAUGGUUCUACAGGUUGUCUAGGACAUGGUGAUUACCACAGUGCUUCAAGACCUCGUCUAAUUGAAACAUUGCUCAGUGUGGAUGUUACCAGUAUCUCAUGUGGCCCGGAGCAUGUUGUAGUAGUAGGUGUAGAUGGAGAAAUCUUUUCCUGGGGGAAGGGAAAAGAUGGAAGACUUGGACUUGGAGAUGAACAAGAUUUCUGUGAACCAAUAGAGGUGACAUUACGAGACCCUGUAUUCAUCCAAGAAGUCAAGUGUGGUGUUGAUGGUACAAUGUUUCUAACUGAUAUGGGCUGCUUGUUGGCUUGUGGCAGUAAUGCAUAUAACAAGCUUGGUCUCAACCAUAGACAAGGUUUCUUGGCUUCCAUGAAGAACAUGUUCACAAAGACUGAGGUAGAGGGGAGGAAAGUUCCCACAGCCGUCAAAGCUCUGAGCAAGUUUCGUGUACUUGAUAUGGUAGUAGGUCCCCAUCACAGUGCAGUGGUUGUAGAGCCAGGUCUUGUCUACAUGUUUGGUAGAAACCAGCAUGGUCAACUUGGCUUUGGAAAUACCAAGCCUAGAGAAGCUCCAGCUCAAGUUCAAACUAUGGCAGAUAAAGUCAUAUCAACUGUUUCUUGUGGAGAAGACUACACAGUAGCAGGAGCUACUGAUAACUUUCUUUAUCUGUGGGGCAAAGGAUGGUUGACUUCAGAUCCAGGUAAUGACAGCACUCAGAGCAGCCUUGACCUCAGCCAGGCCAAAGGUCAAGAGACCAACAAUGGUCAUAGGUCACUUGGAUCAACAGGCAGUCUGAAGAUUCCAAUGGAUGUUAUUAUGGAAUCCACAAAAGAUGAUGUGGAAAAAGCUGAUUCUGCCUCACCAGAUUCUUCUACACUGAGUGUUGCAACAACUCCUAGAGCAGAAGUUGUAAAGAGUGCACCAGUAGGAGGAAGACAGAAGCGUCCUGAUAGUACAGACAGUGUAUUUCUUCCAAAUGGAGAUAAAUCGGCCUAUAGUGCUUCACCAGAUGCAAGAAUAACAGUAAUUUGUGCUGACUCGGUCAUUGCAUGCAUGCAAACUGCUACACCCCAAGUCUGGCCUAAAGAAGAACCUAUAACUGAACAGGCACUACAAAGUGCCAUCAAAUCUGGUGGAUCAGGUGGUGGUCAUCGUCGUCACAUGACUAGUGCUACUAGUCAGAUGAGUAAUGAUAGUAUAGAGAGGUCUGAACUCUUCCUUCAGCCAACUCCUAUAUUAAAGCUUGGUUCCGAGAGUAAUGAUGAAUCAUAUGAACUCAGUCUAAGUCAAGUGUUCUGCCAAGGAGAAAACAUAUUUGUUCAAUUGGAAACUAGCUGUCCUCUGCCAAGAAAGAAAUCCAAGAGAAAGAGAAGAAAUUUCCUCAGGAAACUGAGUAAUAACAGCCUUCUGAAUUCUGCUGAUAGUACUGGUCAACCAUCUAAUCUUAGUAAUGAUGCAGGGGAUGAAUAUACUAGCUCAGAAGCAUCAGAACUUGAUACACAAGGAAAUAUCCCAACCUGGUUACAGAAGGAAUUGAAGGAUUCUUUAGAUGCUGCUGUUGAUGAAAAUGAUGCAGAUGAUAGUGAGGAAGAUCAAGGUCAUCCAGAUGAAACCAAGACUAAAGAUGAGAAAGGGGCUAAACAAGCAGUUCAUCAUCUCAAUGCCAAAGAAAUCAAAGCAUACUUCAGGGCUUUAAAAGAUCAAAGUAGAAAACCUGAUCAGAUUACCAGAAGAGACAGUAAUACAAAGAGAGGAUUUGAAGGUCAGAAUAUCCCAGUGUUGGUUAAGAAAGCUUCCGGUGAGAUGCAGGUCAUCACAUCACCAGAGAGUGGAGUAGAUUUUAAAACAGAUCCUGCGUCCAGUGAUUCAGGCUCAGAACUAAGGCAACCUAAAGAUAGAAUACCUGAAGAGCCUACAAAACAAGGAAAGAAGUUUGCUUAUGUUGCCACAGCUGCUAUGCAUGCAAGUAAAGUAAGUCCAUACAAACAGCAGAAACCACCAGUACCAGGUGCUCCUCGACCACUCAAUAGAUUGCGGAUGGCUAGAGGCAGAGCUAGAACAAGUUCAUGGACCAUAGAGGGUCUGCUGAAAGACAAUCCCAAGAAGCCUGGAGAAGGAAGCAAAGAAAUGAAACUACAACAGGAACUACAUAGACUACAAGAGGAAAAAGAGAAAACUGAAGCACAACUCAGAAAGCUAGAAGAUGAGAAAAAGAAACAAAUGGAAGAGAUUGAAGAGAAGGCUAAUGAAGCAGCUAAGGAACGUGAGCAAAUCUUAAAAGGUGAAAUCAGCCUACUACGUAAUGAGCUAGUAGACCAGAGUCAUAAGAUGGCUGAUAAUAACAAGAUGAUGCUUAAUCUUCAAGAACAACUAAUGAACCUUCAAUCUGAACAGCUGAGGUUGAGUGCCAGAGAGAAACGAGCCACUUCCAGUGUGACACCAAGAGGAAAGCAAACUUCUCAACAGAGCAAAAUAUGUACACUCAGUUGAUUUGUAUGAUUGCUUUUUUAUCAGAAAACUCUGAGUUAUUAUCUGCUUGAAGAGCUUGACAGCAUUCUGGUAUACAGGUAGACUAGAGUUGAGUGAUUAUGGAUAUUUUACAAUAUGGCUAUUGUUUGCAAGGUCCUCAGCCAUAAGGGGGUGUUGCAAGAAAAUAUUUGCAAUUGAUUGCCAACUUCAGUCGCAAAUUUGCAAGUGAUGGAUGCUUCAUCAAUCCAAUUUAUACUUGUUGAUGGAAGAAAAAGACCAGCAACUGCAAGCAAUAUGAUUGAUUUCAAGACUCAGAAUAGACAUGUAAUUAAUUGUAAGUUUAUUGGAACACCCUAUUGGUCAAUGAACAAGAAAUAUUGCAGGAAACUAGAAGGUAUUUCACAUAUAUCUUUGGCUUAGAUAGCUACAUCACCUCCAGUCUAUUGGAGUUAAUUGAUGGAGUGAUGAUACGAUCUUAAAGUCAUCCUUGAUAAUCUGAGUUUGAUUGAGCAUGAUUAUCAGGAACAUACAACUCUAGACAGGAGCAUGAUCUUAUUGCUAAUUUUGUUGAUGGAGUAUCAACUGAAUUGUUUUCGCGGAAACUACACUCUGUAUGAUUUGAAGUGGAGUUCCAUCAAACAAACAAAAACUAGAUGAAGUAAUAGAACUUUCAUUAUAUCACAAAGUGGUGCAUUAUCUGUGUUUCAAGACUUAUUUCAACUGUUACCUUGUAAUUGAUUUGACAACAUCUCUUAAGACUUGAACUUUAAACCUGUUGACAUCACUAUAAAGUAGUGGUUGAGUAUUUGGGUUGUUAUGCUCACAUCAAAUUUAUUUUAUUUUUUCUUUUUUUUCCUAAAACUUUUUACAAUUGCAGUAGGUUGAGUUACAUUUAUACCUCAAUCAUUGAUGUUCACUUUACUGGGUUAUUUGAGAUGUAUUGAGGGCAAGGGGAGGGUACCAUGAUACCCCCCCCUCACGGUACCUCCUGUGAUGUUUGCAAAUUGUACUUAUUUUACAACAAAACUUACAAGCUAGUAUACAAUAGAAAUUCAUUAAAUAACUAUUUUCCAUUAUGAAUUUUAUAUGCAAAUUUAUUCAUGACACCAAUUUUCUCUUGUGACUUUCAUUCUUUUCAAGAUGUCAUCUUUGUCAUCUUAUUUCUAGGUUUUGCAAAGGAAAAUUGCUAAAGCUAAUUUUGUCCUUCUUUUUUUUAUAAUUUCUUAUUUAUUUCUAUGUUUUUUCCUCCUUUUUAAAUUUUUUUUGCAAUGAAAAUUAUUACAGAAUAUUUUACAACUGAAUUCAACAAUAAAUCAAGUAAGCACACCAAUUAGAAUGAAAAAUAAUUUCAUCUCCCAUUGAGGUAUACAAUGAGCCAUUAUCUUGUAAAGAGUGGUGUUGCAAAUUUGAUCUCAAAAAGUUCAAAAAAAAAAAAAAAAAAUUUGCUUCAGUAUCUUUAUGCAUUCAAAAAAAUCAUGCAAAGCGUGGAGGGAGGCCAUGAUUCCUCCCCUGUUUUAGUAUACCUAACAUGUAAUAGUCUGCACAAAACAAAGAGAGGUUAGUUAGUACAGAAAGUAAAUCCAGUAUGACCAAACAUUUUGAUGUUUUUACAUUAGAUUUUUUUAAACGGGAAAGUCAUUGAAUUAAGCAUAUUCAAUAUUGAGAAAGGUACUAGUAAUGAUUGGAAAAAAAUGAUAUGAAGAAGAUUAUCAAUUAUUAUAAAUCUACAUUUUUAGUGACAUAUUUGAGUAUAAAAUAAAAUAGCUUUUGGUGUUUAAUAAAAAAAAGAAGAGAAAUUGUAAUGCAAGUACCUUAUUUUGAUAAAUAUCUUUAAGCGAUGCUUUACAGAAGUCUGCAUUGAAUGUCAGUAAAAUAUAUGAACACUGGUUAUUUUUUAUGACAUUUUCUUGUAACAUUAGGGUCUUGUACAAUAGGAGUUCCUAUCUUUAGCUCCAUAAAUUAUACUUUUGAGAGAAGUGCAAAACCAUUUAGAUCAUACCUCAUUUCAUAGUACUUGUAGUAUACAGAUAGUUAUUUUUAUAUUGUAUAUUUUGUAUUUACACCUUACAACUCGGUAAUAAUACCAUCCUCUACUUUCCUUUCAAUUUUACAUCAAAUGUUUAAUUGUUGCUUGUCUAUGAAUCUUAUUAAAAUAUGAUUAAAAUUCUCAUGAAGUUAGAUCUAUAAUCCUUUCUUUAUUUUCAUGACGCAAUUCUUGUUAAUGCAACAUUUGAUCACCUUGAUAUGCUUAUCAUAUUUGCACAGCUAUUAAGCUAUCAUGCCUAAUAUUAUAAAUAAGGUGAAAUUAUACAUAUAUUUAAUGAAUAAAAGACAAAAAAGAAUGAAAUUCAAGUUCUUAGUUUUGAUUUUGUGCUGUGUACUAUUUAUACUUUGCUUUGUUCUAUAUCUGGUUGUGCUUUUCAAUGUAAGAGUGAGCUAAAAUGAAAAUCUUUAGUCACCUGGCAGUAUACCCAACUCAUGAAAGUUUCGUUUGUACUUAGUUCUACAUUUUUCUUAAUUUUGGCACGAUAUAUUUGAAUUUUUUAUGAUCAUUACUGUGACACUCUCAGAGUACCAUUGGUAUAUUGUUGAAUUAAAAUUAUAUUGAAUUUGAUCUUUCAUUCCAUCCUUUUUUAAUGGGAUGUUAUUUCUACUAUUAAAUCAUAUGAAAAAUAUCUAUUGUUUCCAUUUUUAAGGAGAUUGAUGUUCUGAUACAGUCAUUUUAGCAGCAUUGGGCCCAGUCAGGUCAGUGACCUCUGUAUUCCAGCUAAUUUACACAAGUUUGAAUAUGUACGCAUACUUAUCCAUAGUAAUCUACCUUACACUUAGUAUUUUUAUGAAUAAUAAUUCAACUUUGAUGUCCAAGAAAUAUCCAUUUACACGUAUGUAAAACAGUGUUGGCCAACUUCAGUUCCAUGUAUAAAAUAUGUAUGACUCUACACUGUGCAUAUUUAGGUACUUGUAUUCUUGUGGUAUUGAUGACCAAAGGAAGUGUGUUAUAUGUUGAAUUGUAUGACACAAUUUCCAGGAAUGCACUUAUUUUUAUCUCUUUCCUAGAAAUCAUCUUAAACAAUGUGGAAUAUUUUUAGAUUUCAUAGUAAUUUAUUUCAAUUGUAUUGAGUACAGUAUCUGUGUAUUCACCAUGAUAUGUUGACACCGUGACGUUUUUGUCUUUUUUUCUGUAAAACAAACAAAAUAUGCUUUAAUGACCUGUUCCCUCCAUCAUUGUUAUGUACUAUUGCCUAGCAGGCUAGAGCAUUUGUAUUCUAAGUAAUAAAUUUUAACAUGCUUAAUUAUGAUAUUUUGAACAUUGUAUAUAACAGAAAAAUUGAGAAUCAAAGUUUUGAAAACUAUUUUAUUUUACAUUAUUCCAUGUAUUUGUAUGAAGUAAGGUUUAUGUCUUAUUUUUUUCAUUAAGGAAUCAAGCCAAUGAAGUGUUUAAAGAUAUAAAGAAAUAAUAAUAUUAUAUCACAGGCUUGUCUACUUCAACUAAAUCUAUUUGAGCUAUGGCUUCAAGAUUUUUUAACUUAGCAUAUCUAUGUUUCUACUGACUUUCUUCAUCAUAAUGAGAUGAUCUAGGUACUCUAAACGAUAUCUCUGGUCACUCAAUAAGAAUCAACUGAUUUUUCUUUUAA